UUAAAGCUCCUUUUUGUCCGUUCCCUCUCAAACGCACGUUGUUCCUCUGUGAUUUGAGUCCAUUUUCUCAGUUUUUCCCAGUGAAUUUCCACCCGAAUGGCAUAUUUAUCAAUCCCUGACAUCAUCCUCGAACACAAUAUUCAAAAUGUGGGCUACAAUCUGCUGCAAAUAAUCGACGGCGACGACCGAGAAGUCCCCCAAUCGAGUCCGGAAGUUUAUUGGCCCCAAAAGCCCGUGGAAACUCCUCAAAUUUACCCAUUUCCGAAUGCGUAUUAUGGCACGUAUUACCCCAAUGUCCAGAACACGGUACGACCAAUUUUGGGGCGCCGAAGCUCCCUUCCGGAGCCCCCAACGUACCCGCGGAAGAUGAGUGCGGACUCUGUGUUGUCUGAUGGGCUACUCUUCAGCAAGACCACCCUUCUGCCUGAGAGAUCUUCCUACUUUGAGGAAGUCCGCCCGAGGAAUUGCAAGGGAUUUGCGAAGAAAUUCCAGCGCAGGGGGUCCCUCAAUUCGACCUACUUGAAUUUAAAUUCGGAAAAGGAAAUGAGCCUCACAGCUCACAACAUUUUCCCAAAAGUAUGCCCUCCCCCAUUGCCGAAGGACCUUCUGCAAGUCCUGAAAAUCCUGGAGGACAAUCUCAUGCAUUUCGUGACACUCUCACGAAGCUUAAACAACCACCAGCCAACAUUGUUUCCCAUCGUGGAAAAAGAUGCAGGACUCAUCAAUGGACUUGGGAAAUAUUAUGGUUAUCUGGUGACAUUGGCCAUCAGAGAGAAAAACUGGGUUUCCCUAAUGGCUCCUGCUCUCAAUCUCAGGGAUAAAUUCCUUGAUAGCUUUACCUACUUGUGCCAGGAAUUGCACGGAGCCAUAGCUAAAGCUCAAGUUUUCACAGAAAAUUCAGGAGAAUUUGAGGAAUCCCAGGAGAAUCGAGAAGCAGCUGAAGAGCUCAAUUAUUGGAUUCGUGAAAUCUUCACCUUCACCUGGCUCAUGCUGCGCAUAAACAGUUAUCCGUGUCAAGUGCAAGAAAGAAAUCUCUUCAUUGGUUUCUGAUUUAGUAAUUUCAUUUUAAUUAAUUAAAAAUUCAUGUUUCACGCAGAAAAUGCAAUGAAAAAUGCAUUAGAAAUCAUCUUUUGAUUCCUAAAAAAAAAACAUUAUUCUCCUAAUAAAUCUAGCACUGCUAUUUUAUAAUUUGAGCUGUUUUAUGCAAAUAAGUCUGUGAGCGUAGAGAAAAUUUUAUUCACAUGUAAUCUCAAAAUUCAAAGUAUUAGCUAGCAAUAAAAAAUCCAAAGUGAUGAAAA